AUGGAUAGCACAUAUAAUGACGGGAUGAAAUGUACAUUAUAUGUAAAGCCAAAGAGAGAACGUGAGGGGAAUGCCGACCUAGGAGGACCCAGCCAGGAAGGUCCCAGCCAGGAAGUACUCAGCCAGGAAGGACCCAGCCAGGAAGGACCCAGCCAGGAAGGACUCAGCCAAGAAGGACCCAGCCAGGAAGGACCCAGCCAGGAAGGACUCAGCCAAGAAGGACCCAGCCAGGCAGGACCCAGCCAGGAAGGUCCCAGCCAGGAAGUACUCAGCCAGGAAGGACCCAGCCAGGAAGGACCCAGCCAGGAAGGACCCAGCCAGGAAGGACCCAGCCAAGAAGGACCCAGCCAGGAAGGACCCAGCCAAGAAGGACCCAGCCAGGAAGGACCCCGCCAAGAAGGACCCAGCCAGGAAGGACCUGGCGAGGGUCUAGCACCAUGGUGGAGUGCCUGCUGGGCUUACCGUCGCCGUCAGGAGCCCAUCGCAUUACCGUGCGAGGGAGGAAUCGAAACUUAA